AUGAGUUCUCAAUCUCAUAGGCAUAUACGUUUGGCCGGUCAGGAGUGGUGCAUGAAGGAUAGUGGAUGUCAUUUUAUUGAAUUAAAUCAAGAUUGUGUAGAUAUCAUGGGACUAAGUAGCAAAGAGCAGGCACAAGAAACGAAAGAAUCUGUCGUAAAUACACGGAAUCCAAAGUUAGCCGCUGAGUUGCGAGAACUUUUUUCAUUAAUGUUAGCAGCAAGAUCAAAAUAUCGUACAAAACUUCAAAAUGAUGCCUCUGAGGCGAAGAUUGGAAAGGAGAAAUCAAUAAUAUGUGAAGAAGAUGCUGAUUCAAAAGGAUCUGAGAUGGAAAUUGAUUCUGGAGUGGUAGAUUUUGAUGGACAGCACGAUGUUUCAUCAGAGAAAUCAUAUGAAAGAAUUCGUACACAUAAUGCCAUGAGCA